CAUUUACGUCGGUUCCGGGAGACGCGUUGGCAGUUUCCUAAACACCGCUCGGUCGCUACACUGUCAGCUGACGGCGGGGCGGGCGAGAGGAGCGAGUGCUGGGUGCUAACGGCGGCGGAACGGUCGAGCUGCCGAGACGGACGAGUCGACGCCGGUCUGACAUGAGCAGGUUGCCCUGACAUGGACACAGAGAUGAUUCCUAAAUUUUCGUCAAAAGAUGAGGAAGUUGAUUACUGGAAGUCCCAAGCCCUUAAAUAUAAGAAAAGUUGCCACGAUGCGCAGGAGGAGCUGCAGGAGUUUCAGGAGGGGAGCCGUGAACUGGAGGCCGAGUUGGAGGCGCAGCUCGCGCAGGCCGAACACCGCCUACGAGACCUGCAGACUGAAAACGAGCGACUGAAGAACGACGUGGCGAACCUCAAGGAUAAGCUGGAGCAGCAGUAUGCCCAGAGUUAUAAACAGAUCUCCAUGCUGGAGGACGAUCUGAGCCAGACCCGCAGCAUCAAAGAGCAGCUCCACAAAUAUGUGCGGGAGCUCGAGCAGGCCAACGAUGACCUGGAAAGAGCCAAGCGGGCCACAAUAGUGUCUCUUGAGGACUUUGAGGGCCGUUUAAAUCAAGCGAUUGAGAGAAACGCCUUCCUGGAGAGUGAGCUGGAUGAGAAGGAGUCUCUCCUGGUGUCGGUGCAGCGGCUGAAGGAUGAAGCGCGAGACCUGAGGCAGGAGCUGGCCGUUCGAGAGCGAACUACAGACAGGAUGUCAGCACCCAGCUCGCCCACCUUGGACAUCGACAAGAUUGAUUCUGCAGUCCAAGCGUCCUUAUCUCUCCCUGCUACGCCAGUAGGAAAGAGCAUAGAGCUCCCCUUCAUCAGCCCAAAAGCUUUGACCAAUGGCUGUGGCAGCUCCUCCCUCACUCCUUCUGCUAGAAUCUCAGCUCUUAACAUUGUUGGUGAUCUGCUGAGGAAAGUUGGGGCCCUGGAAUCCAAACUCGCCGCCUGCAGAAACUUUGCCAAAGACCAAGCAGCAAGAAAAAACUACACCACUGACAACAUCUCGCUGAUCAACAGCAACGCCACCAAGUUCUCUCACUCGCUACACACCACCUACUUUGACAAAGCGACUGUUAAUGGAUUGGACCCCAGCCCCUUGACCUCCGUGGCCUCCUCCAGAGCUGUGUCUCCACCAGGCAUGCUGCCUCUGAGCGUAUGAAGGGUCCCUGCUGAGACAGAGCCACCGAAUACAACGUGGGAACAGAGAGAACACUUGAAUGACAGUUGCUGCGUGCGUGCGUGCGUGCGUGCGUGCGUGCGUGCGUGCGUGCGUGCGUGCGUGUGCGUGCGUGUGCGUGCGUGUGCGUGCGUGUGCGUGUGUGUGUGUGUGUGUGUGUGUUUGUGUUUUUGCCUGUAUUGGGAUUGUGCAUUUUUAACACUUGGCUCGACCGCAGCGUUAAAUAACUUCCUCUUUGCAUCUGUAAGUACAACUGGGAGUAAAUGCCUAUGUCUCCACCUCAAAUGUGCAUGUGCCUGAAACUGAACUGGGCUCUUAUGAAUGUCAGCGCAACGCGUUGCUCUCUAGACGUCAAGUCCGAGGCAGCACAGUUCUGUUCUCAGUUCCAAGGUUCAUCUGAAAACUGUAUUUGGGGACAAAGGGUCCUCUGCAGGCUGCAGCUUUUUCUCCCUGCAUACUCAUACUCGCACAGUUGAACUGAAUUUUAGUUCAGAAUGUAUUAUAUUUAAAGGGAUAUGUUCAUAUGAUCUAAUUUAUCUCAGUAUACUUUAAAAUGCAAUAUUUUUAUUUGCAGUUUUUUUGCAUGUAUGCAUAUGUAACGUGGGGUUGGGGAGGGAGAGUCAGACCCCAUGUUGAUGACUGAAUGUUUGUUUGUUUGUUUGUUUGUUCCUCCUGUUACGAGCUACUUGCUCUAUUUAAUCUGGAAGAACUUUCCUUGUCAGGUGAUGGAAACGUCAGCUGGUUCUGUCCUGAGUUCAACCCGCGCCUAAACAAACUGCUCCCCAGAGAUUUACAGCAGUCCGUUGUCGUCCUCAGUGGACACUGCUGACAUUAGAGGGAGGUUUUGCCUUUUUUUACUUUUAAUGUAUAGAUUUUUAAUACAGAAUAUUGUUACCUCGUUCUGAUUGUGGCUCCUUAUUACAAGCAGGUGAAUUUGACUUAAUUUGCACAAAGCAAAACAAAAUGUGACCCCAGGAACUUUGACUGAUGUAGCUGACCUGUUAUUGCAUAAAGCUAGUGUUAAUUUGACCUGACCCUUGAAUUUUCAUGAUGAUGGAUAUUUGGCAAUGAUUUUUCUUUACAUCCCAGAAUUCAGUCUAAAUUAAUUUUGCCCACAUUUGUCCUGGCCAUACAUCAGUGUCACAUCUCGAAGCAUAAUUUGAAGCCUUUAGUAUUAUGUUAUUUAAUAUUAAGUUCUCAUUUUGGGUACUCUGAACCUGUUACUGAAGUGAGUUCUACAGUGUAAAAAGCUUGCAGGAAGGUGAUUUUGCCUACCAUGGUUGUACAUACUGACAUCUUGCAUUAAGGUCCUAUUUAUUUCAGACUGUGUAUGGCAUGUGUUCGGUUUUACUGCUGUACAAUGGUUCAAGUCGUUAUUAUUGUUAAAAUUGUUUAAGUAAAUAAAGAUUGAGAUGAUAAAUGCUG